UAAAUGUGCAGUGAAUAUUAUACCAAAGUUUUUUUUUAAUUAAAUAAUUUAAAUAUUUAUUUAAAAUGAAGAAUCCAGUAUUAAAAAUGUUUUUUAAACACGAUAACGCUAGUAAUAGAAGCGAGUGCAAUUUAUGUAAAAAAUUUAUUACGGGUAAGCAUUCAUCUAACUUAGAGAAACAUGUAUUUGCGCAUCACAAAUUGCAAUAUGCAGAUCUAAUUAAAGCCAAAAAUAAACUAAAACAAACAAUAGAAAACUUAGAUGCAGAAACAUCACUAACAAAUAAAAUAAAUAACAGUCAGAGCACAUUGAAUAAUUUCGUAAGCAUUUCUAAAAAAUCCAUCAAACUUAACUUGGAUAAAAAUUCACUAAUUGCUGCUUGUAUUGAAAUGGUAACAAUAAAUGGAAGACCUUUGACUUUAUUACAAGAUUCAGGUUUUAGGAAAAUUUUGGAUCCUGUCUUAGAUGCAUUUUUACCGGAAAAGAUUGCCAUUAAUUCUCAAAAUAUUAAAGGACAUAUUACACACUUAAGUAAUAAUAUAGUGUCUGAUAUUACUAAAGAUUUGAAAAACCGUAUGGUAUCUUUAAAAAUUGAUGGUGUUUCACGGCAUAGCCGAUCUUUUCUGGGCAUCAAUGUUCAAUACAUAUCUUGUGAUUCAAUGCAGUUGCAAAUAAAAACAUUAAGUAUUUCUGAAGUAUUAGGUGGUCAUACAGCAGAAAAUC